AUGCCGGACUGUCUGCGAUGCGCCGAUUACCUCCCAUCGCGCCGUCGACUCAAACGGGGACCUCGCACCUCGAAUUCCAAAGCUACCAAGCAACUUCAACCACCCACCAGCAGCGACAAUACCGCGGACUCGCAAUGCCUAAGUUCGCAUGGGACGACUCUUCUUGUAAACAGCCCGGUGACCUUGAGUAUCUCAGCCGCCGCCGGCGGUAUUGUGCCAUCCGUGGUCGCUGAAAAUGACUGCAAUCUGGGACUGCUUGUGGAAUCCACUCCCAAGCCGCGGAUCAAGAUGAGAAUGGGCUAG